GGCGCUUGUUCUACUCAUACUCGCGAGGGAGACGAUCUAGUCAUCACUUUCCUCACUCCCACCAUCCCCAUCUUCAUCUUCAUCCUUAUCCUCAUCUUCAUCCUCAUUCUUAUCCUCAUCCUCAACACGCUCACUUGCAAUUCUGACCUGGCCCUGCACUGGCACCCCCGACUCCGCUCAUCACACCCCACGCUUUUGCUUCGCCAAACGAGCACUUUCCACAACGAGCACUGGCAACAGACAAAAGAAUAAGGGGAAGGGGGAUCUGGAAGUUGAAGAGAGUUUGCAUAUGCGCAUAACGACGACAGCAGCAAACAACAUUGGGGCACGAGCAGCAAAAACAGUAUGGCCCGCAGGAGUGGUUUCCAAGUCUUGUUCUGGCUGGCAGCCAUGGUGGUGCUGUCGGCUGUGACCGUGGGCGGGGCCGAUGGUUCGCGUGAGAACAUUGCCGGCUCACGUCAGAGCGGAAACAUUGCCCCAUCUCCCCCGCCGUCUUGUCACACUCCAUCUUCUUCUCGUUCUCGCUCUUGUUCUCGUUCUUCUCUUUAUCGUUCUUCUUUGACUUUAUCCUCAUAUUCUCCACCACCACUACUACCACCACCAUCAUUAUCAUCAUCGUUUAGUCGUCCAUCGAUCUCUUCCGAACGACGACCAAGCACCCUUCUUUCUUCUACACCUCCCACGCCAGGAGAAGUCCUUUCCUUCCAAAAGUGCAGCCCCGACAAAGACAAAGACCUCGGUAGACAACACCACCGCGUCCGUCGUGUACAGAAGAGUCAUCCUUCAACAGGACCUCUUCUUCUUCUUCGGAAGCGAUUGCCCAUCAGACGAUUCUCAACCAAUCGUCCGCCCCUCGACUCAUUCACUCGACCUGUCGCCCGAUCAGACCAGUGCGUCCGCCUCCGCAACCACCGCUACGACAUCCAUCAAGGCAACCAAGACAACCACGAUAGCCAAGACUGCAACGGUUUCGAUUCGACUGUCGAGAACACAAAGGGUUUCUCGCCCCUUCCUCGCGACCAUAGGAACCUAUACAACAUGCAGCCUCACCAACCACACGCACACACACACCACCAGCACCAGUACCAGCAUCGACCUGAUGGAGGUGCUACCAAACCCUCUUCUUCGUCUUCCACUUUCUCCGAUGCAAAGACAUCAGUCCCGCCAAUGCACCCUCGGUUGUUCCCAGAACCGAUUGUCUACCAAUACACCCUGUACUACCCCGGUAAUAUCCCCCUGGUGAUCACGGCCGGACACGGCGGAUCUGCUACACCCGGGAAACCCGUCAGCCGCAAAGUGACCCAUGUCUUCAAGCGGAUCCCGGAUCUCGAGACCACGAAGGAGCCCAUUGAUGUGCUGUCGUUUUCAAAGCCCGUUGUUAGGGGGAGGAAGAAGAAGGCAAAGGUGGUGGGCACACAGCGAGAGGGGGGAGAGAACGGGAAGACGCAGGAAGAAGAAAAAGACGAAGAAGAAUUAGGAGAAGAAGAAGAAGAGGAGGAGGAGAUGAUGCCAUGGAUGCCUCCGAGGGAUCAGUCAAAGGGUGGGAACUUUAAGAAGGAUAUGAACACACAUUCGAUGGCGUUGAACCUUGCGAAUGCGGUGUCGUGUUUGACCAGCGGACCUGUUCCUGUUGCGGUUGGCAAGCGACAGGGACAGGGACAGGGACAGGAGCAAGAAGGAGGAAGGUUACCGAGUAAAGGCAACGAGAGCUCUGAGCAGCAUGAUAGUGUGAACAAUGAUGCACAAAUGACCAGGAUUCUAGCAAAGUCAAGGACGAAGGUGGAAUCUGAACCCGCGACGACGCGGGGAAAUAUCCCGGCCAGAUGUGAGGCACAAGGUCCGUGGGGUGACGAUGAUUCCGACUACCCGUUCCCGUCCUUACCAUCUCCAUCCCCUUCCCCCUCCCCCUCCCCCUCCCCCUCCCCCUCCCCUCUCCCCCUUUCUUCAACUCCAAAGGAAUGGUCAGGACCGGUGGCGGUAACUCCAUCGCCUGUACGUCCGUUUGCGCUGGGGAGAUCGGUCUCGACGCCACCACAGCAGCUUUGGACGACGAGAGCGACAACAGCAACAACAACGAUGAUGACGGAGGACGGGCAUGGGUCCUUGAUGCGGUACAUGCCGAACCCCGGCCAGAACUAUCCACAUGUGGUUGUCUUUCGGGUGCCGCGGCUGUAUGUGGACGUGAACAGGUAUCUGGAGGGGGAGAAUGCGAUUGCGGAGGAGAGCGCGACGGCGGAGGCAGCAUGGAAAGAGUAUCAUGAUGUGAUUGAUCAUGUUCAAAAGAUGGUGCUGCAGCAACGGCAACGGCAGCAAAAGAAGGAGAGACAGUGGGAGCCGGUUUCGAAGCAGCAGCGGAUGGAGGGCUCGUGGGCGGUUCCGGUAGAGACAGAGGCGGCAUCGUCAACAGGGUUGUUGCUUGAUAUCCAUGGACAUGUGCAUGCGACGAAUCUGAUAGAGAUAGGAUACCUGCUGAGCGGGUCUGUUCUCGCAAUGGACGACAGACAACUGAAUGCGCAUGCUUCUUCACUGGCGAAGGAAUCCAGUGUCCGGUCUCUGAUCUCCCGAACCGUCCAGGGUUCCUCAAUGGAUCCCUCAAAGCGCGGGGAGGAGGAGGACAUGAACAAGAGGAUCCAGUUGUCGACGUUCCUGCGCGGAUGGAACGAGUCUCUAGGCGGGAUGUUUCAGACGCAGGGAUUGAACGCGGUCCCGAGCCCCGAGUUCGAGGCACCCUGUCACGAGUGCAUCUUCUUUUUCGGAGGGUACACGAUCCAGAGGCAUGGGAGUCGUGAUCGUGAGGGCUGGAUGGAUGCGAUCCAGCUGGAGUUGCCGAGGAUCCUGAGGAUUGUGAAUAAGGAGGAGGGACGGGAGAUUGGGAUGAGGCUGGGGAGGGCAGUGGUGGAGUAUUUGGCAAAGUACUAUGGCGUAUUUGAGGACAGAGUUGGCGGUGCGAGGGAGGUGGAGGAGGAAGCGAAGGGGGAGUGGAGUCGGUUGAGGGCACUGAGGCUGCAGAGAGGACACCGAAGCGAGGUGGAUGUGAGGCGUAGUGUGCAGUCGCCGCUGCAGCAGAGACAGCAUUCGCAUAUGGGAAGGAGAGGGUCGAGAGAGAACCAUAGUGGAGACAGCGAUGUUGAUGACGAGAGGGGGGGAGACACCAGUCCUAGCGCCAGCAUCAGCAUCAGCAUCAGCUCCAGCUCCAGCUCCAGCUCCAGCUCCAGUAAUAGUGGUAGUGAUGACUCUCGCCCCGAGAUGAAGCGCCAGUCGAGUCGACUUUAAUUUCGUAAUAAGGAUUCGUUGGCUAAAUGGCCGGUAUAUUUUCUACGCACAAUGUACAUAAUACAAUGAU